CGGAGUCAAAAAUUUUUUUAUAUAUAUUUUUAAUGAUAUAUAAUAAUAAUAAAUGUGCCUGAAUGUGUAAUGUACUUACGACUUUCGAGUUAUGUGUAUAGUAUAUAAUAACUAAUAAUAUUCAUAUUGCUUACAAGAUGAUAUGUUAAUUAUUCAUCUGUGAAUGUCAGUCAAUUGUGAGAAUUAAUUAUGUUAUUAUCGACGUACUCCGUGCUUUCAUUUAAGUAUUUCGCAACGUUUAGUCGAUAAUAAUAUUUGGAUCGACGGGAUUAUAAAUAAUAAUAAUAAUAAUACAUGUGACGCAGGGAAGAAUUGAGAACAACUUGACAAUUUCUAUCAAACUAUUGAAUAAAAUGUUGCUCAACGUUGUUUUACCUUAACGCACUGAGAUUGUAUUUAAUUAAUCUGCUUUUGAACUGAGUAAGCUGGUCAGUAUGUCAAUUAAAAGCUUUGUCUGGAAACCAAAUUUACUAAUGGCAUCAUCAAGUUGUCGGGCACAAUCAGUAUGUCGUACAUUUUCAAAGCGGUGCAAGAAAUCGUUAUCAAAUGAUUCAUUACUAUUAUCUAUUUUAAAAAAACGCACUAAAAAUUUUUUUAAAAAACAAGACUUUGGUGCUCAUAUUUCAAGAACUAAAAAGGUAAUGAUUGCUUGUAAAAAAAUGAUUACUGCUGUUAAUAAGUUCAAGCAACAGUUGGCUAAACACAGAAAAAACUUGAUCAUGUGUGUAGCUAUGGCUUUUACAUUUGAUUGGUAUAAAGAAAGAAUAUGUGUUGAUGAAUUAAUCAGGUUACGUCAAGAAUUUGGAAUUGUCAAAAAAUUAAAUAAUAAAUCUACUUCAAAUGAUAUUAUUCAAGAUGAACAAAAUAGUAUUUCUCAAAAAACUGAUUCUAAUAAUAAUGAACUAAAGUUAUCUAUGUCUAAGACAAAAAAUAAUCAAAAUAAAUUUGAUUGUUCAUACACUAGUUGUAAUUGUCCCAGAUGUAGAAACAUGAGUGAAGAAGGGUGGGAACCUUUUACGAGUGGUUCUUAUUACAAUGCAUGGAAAAAACCUAAUGUUGAUUACCCAGAUCAAGAUUUAUAUAUUUAUAAAGUACAUGGAUCAUUUAAUGAUAUAACAGCAUUGGACUUCAUGCAAGUGCAGUUAGACCUUAAUUAUCGAAAAGAAUGGGAUAGCAUGUCUGUAGAUUUGAAUAUUUUUGAUUCUGAGCCUCUUACACACAGUGAUCUCAUUUAUUGGGAGCUUCGUUGGCCGAAAUGGUUUCAAAAUCGUGAUUAUGUGUUUAAACGGCGUUACAAAAUUGAUGAAGAUGAAAAAUUAAUGUUAAUUGUUUGUGAAAGUGUUGAACAUCCCGAUUUUCCUGAACAGAGUAAUAAAUGGAGAGUAAAAAAUUACUGGUCAUAUAUUGUCAUUAAACCACAUGAGGAUUUUGAUAAGCCAGGAGUUGAGUUUUCAAUCACUUACUUUGAUGACCCUGGAGUUUCUGUUUCAAAUUACUUGAUGUCGUGGUAUCAAUGUAAAGGAAUGCCUUCAUUUUUAAAUGAUCAACGAUUAGCUGCAUUAGAAUUAACAAAACGUCGUUUUGAAGAAAAUAAAAUUUUAAAAUCUGAUAAAACUAACAUAGAAACCAAACUAGAUCAACCACAGACUCAAACGUCUUGGAUUUCUUGGCUUUUUGGAUACUUUUUAUUUUAAAUGACUUUUAAAAAUAUAAAUUAGUUAUUAAAUAGUCAAUAAAAAAAAAAUACAUUUAUGCAAAAGUGUAUAUAAAAUAAUUUCUAUCGUUAUUAUAUAAUAUAUACAUAAUUAUUCCGGUAAUAGAUCUUGAACUUGUUCAUCUUCAAAUUCUUUUUCUAAUGAUGUGAUUGGUCUUGAUGUUGAUGUGCGUGGUCUUUGUAAGGGUCCCAAUGGAUCACUAUACAUUUCUAUAUGAAAAUAUUAAUUAUUUAUAAUUAUAUACAUUAUUGUUAUUACAGUAGUUAGUGCUGUAACUAGCUUUCAUUGCGCCUUUGUAUUACCCCUAGGCAUGUUAUGAGAAUAUUGUAUGUCUUAUCAUAGUGUUUUUAAUUGUAAUUAAUAUAUAAAUAAUCUGUAUAUAAAAUACUUAUGGUUCACAAAUACAUAACAUUAUUUUUUAAA